AUGGCAAAGUUCCUUUUGGCUUACCGGAAUACACCGCAUUCGACGACUGGAGAAUCACCGUCCGUGUUGUUUUUGGGCAGACCGCUACGGACUCGCCUCGAUUUGGUGAAACCUGAUUUACAAAUGAAAGUGAUGAACAGGCAAAUCGAUCAAGCAGGGAGGAAAGGACAUUCCCCCACACGUCAGUUAUCAAUUGGUCAGACUGUCAUGGCACGUAACUACAGUGGGAAAGACAAGUGGCUACCAGGCAUAGUUCGAGCUCAAACGGGACCCCUUUCAUACGAGAUAAAAGUUGGUCCAAAUCGAAUUUGGCGACGUCAAAUCGACCAGCUUCGAGCCUCUAGUGUGAAAGUAAAUGACCAGAGUGAUGAUACGGCUGAACCUCAUCCAGAGCUUGGAGAGACUGACCGAAUAUUGCACCAGCAGAAGAAAUUGUCGCACAGCCGGAUAUCGAACUAG